AUGAAGCCAACUUGCUGUUGCUGUUGCUGUAGCAAGCGACUAGAAGACUUAUUUAUCAUUUUCAAGCACGACUUUCCAGACGACGGCGCAGGAUGGCGAACCGAGGUCCUCUUCGUGCAGUCCAUCAGUCCCGAGUCUGAGGCCCGACUCCUUCCACGUGCGCUGAAGCGAAUGCAUCUCCGAGGCAUCUGCGAACCGGUCACUCUCAGACUUCCGGCCAGCCCCACCCACGCCCCAGCCCUGCCCAAGCCCCACCCCAACUCUGUCCGACUGGCUCCCGCCGGGCCCGGUCUGAGCGACGACUGGCUGCGUCGGCAUCAACAAGCCGGACGGCCGGACGGUCAGGCGAAUCGUCGGCAGACUCCACCGAUCCACAAGGUCACGGUACUUUGUUCACGUGUCCACUCGGUGCUGUCGUCAAGACGGUGGCACGACCUUGGCCCGACUGAACUCGGCCCCGUCUGUCAGCAGAACCAUCGGAGCACUUUUAGACAACAUUCUUUGGCACCUCUCGUCGUGUCCUCCUCGUCUCCACCGCCUGUAGGACGUGGCCGGGAUUAG